GUCAAUGGAAGUUUUGUUUAUAAAGUUGUUUGUAAGGUAAACUUUUUUUUAUUGGUGCGUUUUAACGUUUUAAGUAUAAAAAUAAAUCAGAAAUAUAAUGGAACUCCUGACUGAUCAAGGCUUAAGGUUUGAUGGGAGGAGAGCAAAUGAAUUAAGAAAGAUCAGGUGUAAAUUAGGUGUGUUUGAUCAACCAGAUGGCAGUGCUUACCUAGAGCAAGGAAAUACCAAAGUUUUGGCUGCUGUUUAUGGACCACAUCAGGUGCGUGGCAAAGGCCAGAAAGCAAUUCAUGAUGCAGUGCUUGUCAAUUGUCAAUACAGUAUGGCAACAUUCAGCACAGGAGAGAGGAAAAGACGCCCGCGAGGUGAUCGCAAGUCUCAAGAAAUGACGAUGCACCUGAAACAGGCCCUAACAGCUGCAAUUAGGACUGAACUUUACCCAAGGUCGCAGAUUGAUAUUUUCCUGGAGGUGCUCCAAGCAGACGGAGGUAACUACUGUGCUUGUGUCAAUGCUGCCACCCUGGCACUGAUAGACGCAGGGAUACCAAUCCGAGAGUAUGUUGUGGCCUGCACUGCGUCCCUUGCCAACGGUGACGUGCCGAUGGUAGACAUCAGCCACCUAGAGGAGACCUCUGGCGGCUCAAACCUGACAGUAGCAGCUCUUCCAAUAUCAGGCCAGAUUGUGUUGAUGGACAUGUCACAGAGGUUCCAUUUAGACCACCUUCAGAAGGUACUUGACUGUGCUGUGAAGGGUUGUCGUGAUGUGUUUGACAUCUUGGACAGAGCUGUUCGUGAAUACUUGACUGAGGUUGGCAGUGCUGCAUCAUGGGGUACCAUAGACAUCGGGGCCCAGCGAAUAAUGGCAGAUGUGCAAACUGAAGAAAAUACGUAGAUACUAGUUAUAAAUAUUUUCUAUAUUUUUUUUGUAAAUAAAUUGUUUUCUUAC